CAUAUCCAACUGCACACACAUGGCUUGUCAGGAAAGCUGCGCAGUGACUCCUGGAGGGCCCGUGUGCUACUGUAAGAAUGGCUACGAGGUGGGCCCGGAUGGAAAGCUGUGUAAAGAUUUUGAUGAGUGCGCUGUGUAUGGCACCUGCAGUCAGUCCUGCACUAACACUGAAGGCUCUUACACCUGCUCCUGUGUGGAGGGCUAUUUGCCCCAGCCAGACAAUCGCUCUUGCAAAGCCAAGAAUGUACCAGUGGAUCGUUUGCCUGUGCUGUUGAUCGCCAACUCCCAGAACAUCCAAGCCACGUCGCUGAGUGGCACCACAGUCCACAGCCUUUUGUCCACGAGCACCAAACAAACCACGGCCAUGGAUUUCCACUAUGCUCAGGAGUCUGUCUGCUGGAUCCAUGUGGGGGAUUCCCCCUCGCUCACCCACCUUAAAUGUGCCAAGAUUCCUAAUCUGAAGAGCUUCACGGAGGAGAGGGUCAUCAACAUCUCCUUCAGUCUACACCAUGUGGAGCAGAUGGCGAUCGACUGGCUUACCGGAAACUUCUACUUUGUGGAUGACGUUGACGACAGGAUUUUCGUGUGUGACAAGGAUGGGCAGACAUGUGUUACCCUCCUGGACCUGGAGCUGUACAACCCUAAAGGCAUCGCCCUGGACCCCACAAUGGGGAAGGUGUUCUUCACAGACUAUGGUCAGAUCCCUAAGGUGGAGCGCUGCGACAUGGAUGGUCAAAACCGCACCAAGCUGGUGGACAGUAAGAUUGUGUUCCCCCAUGGCAUCACGCUGGACCUGGUCAGCAGACUCGUGUACUGGGCCGACGCCUACCUGGACUACAUCGAGGUGGUGGACUACGAAGGCAAAAACCGACACACCAUCAUCCAGAGCCUGCUGGUGAGAACGGAUGAGCGGAGCACACCGCACUCCAACCUGUAA